AAAGCAAAUUUAAUAUAAUUCAGUAAAGUAACGCGAUAAUCACAUGCAGCGUUUUUGCGAUAAAGUAUCUCUUAUUUACGCAGUAUCAGUGAAUUGCACAAAAUGGUUCGUAGAAAAUCCUGGGUUCAAUAAUCCAGCAGCAUGGGAUUCGGAACACUUGCCAUGUCCUUUGGAGGAAGUUGUUUUUCCAGCUUAUUUCUCUGCUAUCAUGCCUAUUCCACGAGAAGUAGAUGUAAAAGGUUUUGUAUUACCAACUGAAGGCGCACUGCUGUUAAGUCAGGACUCAACAAUUUAUUUUGGUGCUGGAGCUAAUAAACGUAGUUGUCAAAAUAGCAAAAAUAGCAGAGCCUAUAUUAAGGUACCAAAAACACGAAAAUGGUUAGAUCCACAAAACUGGAAAUCUUCGACAGGUUUAACUCUAAAUAAAGCUAUACCUGAUAUGGAACGCGUACCGUGCAGCAACGAUUCCGUUAUAAUAAAAAGUGAUGGCCCCUUAUCAAUUGAUUUGGAAAAUACCGAAUUUUUACGUAUAGGACAAUUCAACUUAGCAGGUGUCUUAAUAUUUAAAGAUUAUUUGCAGAAUUUAAUUAUUAAUAACCUUGGAGCUCUAUUAUUUAAAAAUACUGAAGGAUUAAGGGUAGAAUAUUUUCGCAAUGAUAUAUGUGGCUGUCAUCAAGACUUUGAAACCAUGGUUGAACCAAUAUGUCAUAAUGUUUUACCAACAUGCAAACGUCCUCGUUGCUUAGUGCCUGUUAAGCCACUGCUAAGUUGCUGCCCUAUAUGCGGAGCUGUAUAUCAAUUUAAUGUAGAACAAUGCGAUGAUGCUACCAUAUAUAAAGUUCGCAAAACUAUAUCGGAAGCAAUCAAACAGCAGAAACUGGAAGAUGAUUUGGAUUAUUAUGUAAGCUACGUGAAUUCGCGGGAGAGCGGAUAUUUUUUGCAAAUGAUUGUAGUUGAUCGCGAUGAUUAUACCGAAAAAAGCACAGAAUUUGUGAAGAAGUUGAACGCUGUCACGGAUUGGAACAAAGUUAUAGCUAAAUCUAAAUUACACAAUAUACAAUAUGCUGGACGUCCCUAUAAUCCCAAUAUUACAUUUGGAUCAGUUCUACUUAUUAUACUGUGCAUUUUGUUUGUUAUAUUGGUGGGUUUAGUUAUAUUCGCACAUUAUGCUCCAAACAAUCGUUACCUAAACCGUAUUCCAGUUUGGAUUCAUGACACCAAUCGGUGGCGUUCUUUAAUUCUGCGGUCUACUAUGGUAUUUUCACGUUUCGAUAAUACUACAGGCGGCGCCGCAGACACAGACGCUCACAGCAGCAUUAUAGUAGGCUAUAAUGCUGAAAGUGGUGCAAUUAGAGAGCGUGCAUUUAAUAAUCCAAUGUAUGGUGAAAAUCCUUCCUGUUUAACAGAAAAUACCGAAAUGAGACGAGAAGUAAGCGAACCAAAACGUGAAACUAAGCCAAGUAAUACACAAAUUUUAGAACCCAUAAAUGUCAUAGAUACAGUGGUAACGCAUGAAGAACAAGAACUUACAGAAAUCAAAUUAGAUACCUCUUCAGACGACGAAAGCGAUGACGAGGUAGAGACAAUCGAAUAGCUAUAUUGUAUUCAAUCAAAUAUAUGAAAAUAAUAAAAAAACGUAAUUAUUAAUGUAU